AUGUUAACCUUUUAUUUCAUAAGCUGCUUGAUCGUAUUUUCUCAACUCGAACUCAAUGCUCAUUCAUACAACAAUCCGCAACGCGGGAUAACCACUGUUGACAUGCCUGAUAUCGUCAAAACUGAUCCGAAAUAUCGCAUUGAUUGUGCACCAGACAUUGAUGAGUACCAUUCAUUCUGUGAGCUUAAUCUUUCUAAAAAUCGAACAACAAAUGUCACUAACUCAAUUUGCACUGCUCGUGGAUGUGUUUGGGAUCCAAUUAACGCAGGACUGAAUAUAACUACUUGUUAUAUACCAUUGGAAAAAGGAGGAUAUGGUUUAGUAGGAGAACCCAAUGUAAUUUCGAAUACCACGACACGAUAUACACUGAACCGUCAAGCAAUUAGCGCAGCUAAUGAUGUGUCGUUGUUCAAUCGUGAUAUUGAUGAUUUAGAUGUUCAGGUUAGUGUUUCUGGUGUGAAUAUGGUGCGAAUGACUAUACGAGAUGCCAAUAGUCAACGUUAUGAAGUUCCUGUACCAAUUCGUUGGAAUCCGUCGGUAUCAAGUGCAAUGCCAGCUAGAAUUAUUCAAUUUCAAAUGACUAAAACAACGAACGAUCAAGUAGGUUUUCGUGUUCGACGUACAAAUACUCAAUCGAUCAUCUUCGACACAACAUUUUUCGCCAAUGGUUUUAUCUAUGACGAUAAUUUUCUUCAAUUGGUUACAACAAUUCCAUCAAGAAAUAUUUAUGGCUUUGGAGAAAAUACUCAUCGAUCAUUUCGACACAUUCUCAAACAAUCCUAUCGUUAUCCGAUGUUUGCGCGAGAUCAAUGGCCAACCGGAGUCAAUGAAAAUCUCUACGGUGUACAUCCAUUCUACAUGGUAAUCGAGUCCGACGGACAAGCCUUUGGAAUCUUCAUAUUAAAUUCAAAUGCACAAGAUUACAAAUUUGAUGAGUUCGAUACCAAUCAAGCCAUGCUAACCUACCGAACAAUCGGGGGAAUUUUAGAUAUUAUGGUUUUCGCAGGACCAACUCCCGAACAAGUUAUUCAACAAUAUCAAUCAGUCAUUGGCAAACCGUAUAUGCCUCCGUAUUGGGCAUUGGGAUUUCAACUUUCACGAUACGGUUAUAAUUCAUUGAAAAAUAUGAAGGCAGCGAUGAAUAGAACAUUAAAUGCAAAUAUUCCUCUUGAUAUAAUGUAUGGAGAUAUUGAUUAUUUUUACAAGAGGCUCGACUUUACUUGGAAUCCAGUUGACUUUGAUGGUUUACCUGAGUAUGUCGAUUGGUUGCAUGAAAAUGGAAUGAAGUUCAUUACGAUUCUCGAUCCUGCAAUUGAUUCGGAAGAGAAAAAUUAUUCAACGUUUACUGAAGGACAAAAAGCAAAUAUUUGGAUCAAAUGGCCAGAAGAUCGCAACCUACAACUGAACGAAACGGGUAAUCGAAAUAUGCUUGGCUAUGUAUGGCCAGAUGGUAAAACUGUAUUUCCAGAUUUUUUCUAUCCGGCAACGUCCGACUGGUGGAAAUCUGAAAUUCGACAAUAUUAUUCCAAACUCAAGUUUGAUGGCCUUUGGAUUGAUAUGAACGAACCAGCUAAUUUUGACACGAAUAAAGAUGCACCGUGGAAUUGGAACCGACCCGAAUUAUGGAAUCUUCAUUGCCCAAUCGACAAAGAAUUGUUAGAAAAUCCUCCAUACAAAACUGCAAUUUGCAGUGAUUAUCUAUCGGAUAAAACUUUAUGCAUGAUAGGCGAACAAACUAAUGGACGAGGACAGUUAUAUAAGCAAUACAAUGUUCAUAGUUUAUAUGGAUGGUCAGAAACAUUAAUUUCCCUAGCAGCUGCUCGUACAACAGAUAAUAAACGAUCUGUUGUCAUCAGUCGAUCGACUUUUCCGUCGUCGGGAGCUUACGUUGGACAUUGGUUAGGUGACAAUGCUGCUGAUUGGUCACAUCUGAAAUAUAAUAUUAUUGGCAUGCUAGAAUUCAAUCUCUUUGGUAUUCCUUACAUUGGUGCUGAUAUUUGUGGUUAUUUUAACAAUGCAACGGAAGAAAUGUGUCAACGUUGGAUGCAACUAGGCGCAUUCAAUCCGUUUUUUCGAAAUCACAAUGGUUUUGGUUUCAUUGACCAAGAUCCGGGUAUAUUUUCAGCCAAAGCGAUAGCAUCCAACCGUCGAGCUGUUGAACUGCGCUAUACACUGAUUCCAUACCUAUACACUCUUUUUCAUCGGGUGCAUACUUCCGGCGGUACCGUCGUGCGUUCUAUGGCACAUGUAUUUCCAUCCGAUGUGGAAUGUUUGUCAUUAGAUGAACAAUUUCUAUGGGGUUCAUCGUUGCUGAUCGCUCCUGUAAUCUAUGAAAAUCAUGUCAACAAAUCGCUCUAUCUGCCAGCAACAGAUCGAUGGUUCGACUAUUACACGGGCGAAGAACAACUGACCACUGGCAAGGUUACAAUCUCGGCACCGUUGGAGUUCAUGCCAUUGUAUCUUCGUGGCGGCGCUAUUAUACCACAUCAACAGUCGGCUGUGAACACAGUUGCAGCACGAAAGAAACCUCUCUAUCUCAUUGUUGCUUUAGAUAGUACGCAAUAUGCGAGUGGAGAACUCUUUUGGGAUGAUGGAGAUUCGAUCGAUACAUAUCAACGAUCGAUUUAUAACUAUUUUCUUUUUAAUCAUGGGCCACAACGUUUAACUAUUCAACCGUGGGUAUACAAAUAUCCUCAAAUGAGUAAUGAAACCAAAUUAGACGAAAUUAGAAUCUAUGGGCGGAGCACUCGUCCAGUAAGAAUUCUAUGGAAUGGGCAAGAGGUGACGCCAGUGACUCAAUGGACAUUCAAUACUACCAGCAACGUUUUGACUAUGACAAAACUAGCUUUGAAUAUGUCUAAAACUCAUCGAUUCACUUUUUUGUAA